ACAGGAGAGCGGGACGUCCAAACGCAACCCUCGAUUGAAUCCCGCCUUCGCAACCUCUUCUUUCACUCUUCAAUGACCAAUUUUCUGUUCAAAGUUCCUCUGCGUCUCUUUGCUCAAGAUCUCCAGAAGUUUGCAGGGAACGACACCACAAUUUCCCGCAAAUUCCUCUCUUCUCUGUCUGAAAUCUCUCAAUCAACCAACAAUCGGACGGUCGACUACCUUGUUCAUACCCUUGGAUUCUCCAAGGACUCAGCUCUCGCCGCUGCGAAGCGAAUCCAUCUCAAAACUACUGCAAAUCCCGACUCUGUCAUUGCUCUCUUCAAGGCCUAUGGAUUCACACUGUCUGAUACUGCCAGCAUCUUUUGCAGACAUCCUAAUCUCCUCCUUGCCGAUCCGGACACAAUACUCAAACCUAAGUUUGAGUUUCUCUCUCGAAAUGGUUUCACUGGUCAUGUUCUCGUCGACGUAAUCUCUAGGGAUCCGUCAAUUCUUAGAAGGAGUUUGAAGAAGCAGAUUGUUCCGUGUAUUGAUUUUCUCAGAAAUUUUUUUGGCUCUACUGAUGGUGUAGUCUCGCUCUUUUCUGCUAGACGUGGGACUUGGGUUUUGCGAAAGUUUACAGAAUCUGUGGCUCCCAAUAUCGAACUAUUGAGAGCUAAUGGCGUGCCUGAUUCGAACAUCGCGAAGAUUUUUUGGAUGCGCCCGAGGACACUAGCAAGGAAUGCGGAAGAGUUCAGUGACAUCGUCGAGAAGACGAAGGAAGCUGGUUUUAAUCCUUCGAGCCCGAUGUUUACUUAUGGGCUGUGUACGUUUUUAGGGAUGAAAAAGGACAAAUGGUUAUCGAAACUGCAUAUUUUUACAAGUUUUGGGUGGUCAGAGGAGCAGUUUCAAUCUCUAUUUCUCAAGCAGCCCACGAUUAUGAAUUCGUCUGAAGAGCAAAUAAAGAAGGCCUUGGAUUUCUUGAUGAACAAAUUGGACUGGACGCACGAAGAAAUUUCCAAGUACCCAAAUGUACUUUAUCUUAGUUUUGAAAAAAGGGUGGUUCCGAGGUCGUCUAUUCUUCAGCACCUGAUGUCAAAAGGUUUUAUCAAGAAGACAAAUUUUGGCAGAGCAUUUAUGCUUAGCGAGGAUAAGUUUUUGGUCAAGUUUGUGAUGCAGUAUCUUUCUGAGGAUCCACAUCUACUUGAGAUGUACCAGAAGAAGAUGGCAGUUUUAUAAACUCUUGGAGUGCAAUUCAGGUAAGGGCAAGGCCCCCAUGUACGGCUGACGGUGAACGCUGCGAAGGCCAUGGAAGUUUUAGGAAGGGCUUGUAGUGUCGUAGGCGUCUUGUUUGGACUCCUUGUUUGGACUCCCUCCGAUGAUAGUUAUUGCAAUUAUUUCUUCUAGUUAUCUAUUGAUUAUUUCUUAGUUAGGCUGUUGUUAUUGUUUUUCCCCAGGUAUGAACGUAUUGUCGUUAUUGAGACUGUCUUACAUAAACUUUCGUACUUUCGUUAUACAAGUACAAGGUAACGACGCUAAUUAGGUUAGAGAAAAUUAGGGCGUUACAUCUCUAUUCUUCACACCCCACCAUUUUUCUUCAAGAUUCUCUUGAUGCGACCCAAAACUUCAUAUUAGCAUUUUUCUUCUUCCUCAGUGGUAUAAGAUGUUAUUCAUCCAAGAACAUGAACUUCCUGUUAGCAACGAUAUUGUAAAUGGGAACAUUCUUGGUGAUUACAUUCAAGUUGCUUCCAAGUUUAGAGCUCAUACAGGGGUUGAAUAUUUCCAUACUGCCAUGAAUGAACGUUGUAAAUGUGUAAAUGCAUUCUCAAUCCUUUUCUGUUA